AUGGUGGAACUGGAGAAGUUCUUCAACUCCGACGCUAUGAAACAGCAUCUUCAAGAAAUCGCCGACUUUCCUGAUUCUUCAUUACCGACUAACUUUGAUGCUCGUCUCAAAUGGCCGCAUUGUCCAUCCAUUGCACGAAUACCUAACCAAGGAGGAUGUGGAAGCUGUUAUGCAGUUGCCGCCGCCGGAGUAGCUUCUGAUCGAGCAUGCAUCCAAUCCAAUGGCACUUUCCGUGCGUCUCUCAGUGACGAGGAUGUUUUGGGUUGUUGUGAAGUGUGCGGAAACUGCUAUGGAGGUGAUCCGUUGAAAGCGAUGGUCUAUUGGGUCAAUCAAGGGAUGGUUACG